AUGGCCGGAGCUUCCCGCAACGCCACCCACCCGCCGGUGAAUGUCAUUGUCUCCGGGCAUGUGGACUCCGGCAAGAGCACUCUCACUGGGCAUCUGCUUCACCUGCUGGGUGUCGUCAGCACCGAGGAAAUUAACCGCAUGAAGGCCGAGUCCACCGGGUCCAAGAUGGGGUCCUUCUGCUAUGCUUGGGUGUCGGACUCCUCGGCGACCGAGCGCGAGCAUGGCGUUACGACCGACAUCUCUGUCAACCGGUUUGUCACCGACCACCGCCUGGUGACCAUCAUCGACUCGCCCGGGCAUCGGGACUUCAUUCCGAACAUGAUUGCCGGCGCCAACCAGGCUCAGUCGGCUUUGAUGAUUCUCGAUGCCUCGAUCGGCAACUUUGAAGCUGGCUUCAUGCGUGGCGGGCAAACCCGCGAGCACCUCCAGCUCAUGGCCAGCCUCGGUGUCAAGUCCAUCAUCUUGGUCGUCAACAAGAUGGACAAGGUCGACUGGUGUCGCGACCGAUUCAACUUCAUCCGUAAGAGCAUCCUCAAGUAUGUGCAGGGUGUCGGCUUUACCAGUGGUGUGGUGGUUCCCUGCUCCGGCUUCCAAGGGGACAAUCUGAUGACGCGCGUGGAUCCGGCCACCGUGCCUGGGUCGGACUGGUACAAGGGCCCCACACUGAUUGAGGCGAUUGAUCGCCUGCCGCCGCUGCAGCCGGACAUCCGCCAGCCCGUGCGCCUGGUCGUGCGCGACACCCUGGAGGCCUCCUCGCGUGGCAUCCUCCGCAUCCAGGCCCAGAUCCUGGGGGGAUUCAUCUCCACCGGCGACCAGCUUCUCUUCCUGCCGGCCAUCGAGACUGGCACAGUCACCGGUAUGUGA